AGUGACAGGCGGUUUAGGGGAACAGACGUGGCAAAAGAAGCUGACUGCAAAGGUAUUAAAAUCCAAUGCAAGGAGAACCUGGAUGGCUUCAGGUCCAGGUUCAUUCUUCUUCCCCGCGUUCAUCUUGUUCUGUUUAUCCAUUUUCUGUCCUCAUCUCUGAUCUGUUUCCUCUCUUCCAAAAGAUUGGCAGAAUUAAUAUCUCCCCCCUCUCAUCCCCUCUUCUUCUAAUUCAAAUAAGAUUUUAGAGAGAGAGAGAGAGAGAGAGAGGCGGACAGAGACAGGGACGGAGGUUAAAGACGAUGAAUCCAAAGAAAGGGGAGAAACCGGAGCCUUACCAUGUCCUUCACAAGCUCCCUCCUGGAGACAGUCCCUACGUUCGAGCUAAGCACGUUCAGUUGGUUCAAAAGGAUUCAGAAGCAGCGAUAGCUUUGUUUUGGAAGGCAAUUAACUCUGGAGAUAGAGUUGACAGUGCCCUCAAAGACAUGGCAGUGGUCAUGAAACAACAAGAUCGGGCUGAAGAAGCAAUUGAGGCCAUCAAAUCUUUUAGGGACCGCUGCUCCAAGCAAGCCCAAGAAUCACUAGACAAUGUCCUCAUUGACUUAUACAAGUGCGGGAGGGUAAAUGACCAGAUUGAGCUACUGAAGCAGAAGCUCCGUAUGAUUUACCAAGGGGAGGUCUUUAAUGGGAAGCCUACCAAGACAGCUCGGUCUCACGGAAGGAAAUUUCAAGUCACCAUCAAGCAGGAGACCUCAAGAAUACUGGGCAAUCUGGGAUGGGCCUAUAUGCAGCAAACAAACUAUGUGGCAGCCGAAGUGGUAUAUCGCAAAGCCCAGAUGAUAGACCCUGAUGCCAACAAGGCCUGCAACUUGGGCCUGUGUCUGAUCAAGCAAGCUCGAUACCCCGAGGCGCAAUCUAUUCUCGAGGACAUAUUGCAAGGUAAGAUUUGUGGCUCCAAUGACCCGAAGUCAAGGAACCGUGCCCAAGAGCUGCUACAAAAACUAGAGCCGUGGCAAUCUGCAGUCCCAUUACCAUCAAUACCUUCUGGAGUCAGUUUAGAAGAUGCUUUUAUUGAGGGGCUGGACCGGUUGAUCAAACAAUGGACCCCCUAUAGAUCAAGGAGACUUCCCAUCUUCGAAGAGAUCUCUCCCUUCAGGAAUCAGUUGGCUUGUUAAUUAAGCUAUGUGUUAGGGGUGACAUUGUAAUGGGGGUUAAAUGGAGAAGAGAGUUGGCUUUACAUGUAUUCUUGAGGGAUUUGUAAAUGAAUGUAAAUUACUUGUGUUAUGGCUUGUAUGGUUAUUCUCUUGAAUAAAAUAAGUAAUCUUAUUUAUCAUUGAA